UAGGUGACAGGUGGAAGGUAAUUUGAGGAAAAAAUAUUCAACAACAUAGUAAAAUAUCAAAUGACAAGAAGUACCACUACAUGUUGAAUAGUAUGAGUACUUUUGUAGUAUUAUUAAAACAACUUAUACUUUGAUGAUACAUUAUACAUGUAUAAUAGUACAAAAAAAUGUACCAUUAAAAGAGAGAAACGUCAAAUGAAAAAAAAAAACCCAAAUUCCCCUCCCAUGUGCAUGCGAAAUACACAGCUGCCUAGAUGCACUCGCUUCUUUACCCCUCUCAUAGUGUGGCUUUGUUACUACUCCAAUACUCCAUAGUACUUACAGCCUGAUUACAACAUAUUUCACCGCAAAUAUAGGCUUCCAACCUAAGCUUGUCGGAUCUCCCCUUCCUUAUAUUCACUCUCAAGUCUCAAUGGUGAAUUUUAUCCAAACCCUUCUCCUACUUCUCUCUAUUUCUCUUUCUCUCUCCUUUGACCUUGAAUUGACUUACAUGGCAAAUGACGGUCAAGAUUUCCCAAUCGAAGAAGCUACAAUCACAGCCAUCCAUCAAGCCUUCUCCCAAAACAAACUAACAUGUAGACAGCUCGUUGACUAUUACCUUAAUCGCAUCGAAACAUUAAACCCUAUCCUACGCGCAGUUGUUGAGAUUAACCCGGACGCGCAGGCUCUCGCCGACGUUGCCGACCAGGAAAGAGAAAAUGGGCAUCAGUUGGGCGCGUUGCACGGUAUACCGGUGUUAGUGAAGGAUACAAUUGGGACAAAGGAUAAAAUGGGGACCACAGCCGGGUCGUACGCGCUGGUAGGGUCAGUGGUGGCGCGUGAGUCGACGGCUGUAGAAAGAUUGAGGAAAGGUGGAGCAGUGAUAUUGGGAAAGGCUAGUUUGUCUGAGUGGUAUAAACUUCGGUCUAUUGAUCAUCUCCCUAAUGGCUGGUCUGCUAGAGCUGGCCAAGGAGUGAAUCCAUAUGUAAAAUCUGCUGAUCCAUGUGGCUCAAGCAGUGGUUCAGCUAUAUCUGUAGCGGCGAAUCUGGUGGCUGUAUCUCUUGGUACUGAUACUCACAGUUCCAUCAUCUGCCCUUCUGAUCAUAACUCUGCCGUGGGUCUUAGGCCUACUGUAGGACUUGUAAGCCGGGCUGGUGUAAUUCCAAUUUCAUCCCGCCAAGACACCGUUGGGCCUAUAUGUAGGACUGUUUCUGAUUGUGUAUAUGUUCUAGACGAGAUUGCUGGUUUCGACCCUAGGGAUGAGGAAGCUACAAAAAGAUCAUCGAAAUUUAUACCUCAAGGCGGAUAUAAGCAAUUCCUUAAAGAGGAUGGACUUAAAGGAAAACGGUUAGGCAUUGUCAGACAUCCCUUUGUGAGCUCCCUACAUGAAUCUACUGUGGCUCAAGCUUUCGAACGCCAUCUCAAAACAUUAAGGGAGAAAGGAGCAAUAUUAGUGGAUGACCUUGAGAUUUCGAACAUUGGUGAGAUCCUUAACCCUCAUCAUAGUGGUGAACUAACAGCAAUGCUUGCUGAUUUCAAGCACGCGAUUCCUGAAUACCUCGAGGGACUUGAGUCUUCACCCGUGAGGUCCCUAGCAGACAUCAUCGCCUUUAAUGAGAACAAUCCUGAACUGGAAAAGACUAAUGAGUAUGGGCAAGAUGGAUUUAUCGAGGCAGAAAAUAUGCAUGGAAACGAGGAGGAAAUAGAGCAGAUAGUCGAGCAUCUUGACAAGCUGAACAAGGAAGGAUUCGAGAAAAUGAUGGAAGAGAACAAAUUGGACGCGAUGGUGACUCCUGGAACAAAGGCUAUCCCUGUGAUGGCUAUUGGAGGGUACCCUGGGAUUACAGUUCCAGCUGGUUAUGAUGAACAUGGUAUUCCGUUUGGCAUGUUGUUCUCGGGGUUGAAAGGAACGGAACCAAAGCUAAUCGAGAGUGCUUAUGGGUUCGAACAAGCUACUCUGGCUAGGAAGCCUCCCCUGUUUGAUUCACCUAAAUGGCUUCAAGGGUGAAAAUCUGCCCAUACUAUGAUUCUUAAUGUGGUCGAAUUAUGACUUUUGACACAAAAAUGAUUUUUAAUGAAUUAAUGUGGUUGUUAAUUAAGUCUGCUAGCUACCACAAAUUGCUUACUAAUAUGACAUCUUCAUGGAUAAUUGGAUACUCAACUUCUUGACAACAUCAAAGA